UUGACUCUCUGUAGUUUUAGAGACAUUUCACUACGCGCCUUAAAGAAAAAAUAUUUCGCGGGAAUUAAAAUCAGAAAAACACAACACGAAGCAACUCAAACAAAACAGUGACUAGAGAACUGUGAAAUAACAUUAGAUAAAAAUGAGUUUGUGGGUGGACAAAUACAGACCGACUUCUCUGGGGAAACUGGACUACCACAAAGAACAAGCAAAUCAGCUGAAAAACCUGGUCCAGUGUGGGGACUUCCCUCAUCUGUUGGUGUACGGGCCGUCUGGAGCAGGGAAGAAGACUCGUAUCAUGUGUCUGCUGAGAGAACUGUACGGAGCCGGAGUGGAGAAACUACACAUAGAACACCAGACCGUUACGGCUCCCUCUAAGAAGAAGAUUGAGAUCAACACCAUAGCCAGUAACUACCACCUGGAGGUCAACCCAAGUGAUGCUGGUAACAGUGACCGUGUGGUUAUCCAGGAACUGAUCAAGACUAUGGCCCAGUCUCAACAGAUCCAGACAAGCACCCAGAGGGAGUUCAAAGUUGUCCUGUUGACAGAGGUGGACCGCCUCACUAAGGAUGCCCAGCAUGCAUUGCGUCGUACCAUGGAGAAGUACAUGUCCACCUGCCGGCUCAUCCUCUGCUGUAACUCCACCUCCAAAGUCAUUGGACCAAUCAGGAGCAGGUGUCUGGCCGUCAGGGUGCCCCUGCCCAGUACAGAGGAGGUGUGUAAUGUUUUGUCUACAGUGUGUAGGAAGGAGGGUCUGCUUCUCCCCGCUGAGUUGGCCAAACAGAUAUCAGAGAAGUCUGGACGCAACCUCCGCAAAGCACUGCUCAUGUGUGAGGCCUGCAGAGUGCAACAGUACCCGUUCUCAGCAGACCAGGACAUCCCAGAGACCGACUGGGAGGUUUACCUGAGAGAGACGGCCAACGCCAUCGUCAGUCAGCAGAGUCCUCAGAGGUUGUUAGAGGUGAGGGGGAGACUGUAUGAGUUGCUGACUCACUGCAUUCCUCCUGAGAUCAUCAUGAAGGGCCUGGUAACAGAGCUGCUAGGUAACUGUGACGGCCAGCUGAAGGCAGAGGUGACUCACAUGGCAGCCCACUACGAACACCGACUGCAGCAGGGCAAUAAGGCCAUCUACCACCUAGAGGCCUUCACCGCCAGGUUCAUGGCCAUCUACAAGAAGUUCAUGGAGGACGGACUGGACGCCAUGAUGUUCUGAUCUCGCUCUCCUUCUCGCUCUCCUUAUCUCUCUCCUUCUCGCUCUCCUCACUCUAAAUCUCUCUUUCCUGUCUCCAUGACGUUCUGAUCUAACUCGACUUGCUCUUUUUCCCCCUCUUCAUCAUCCUUCCUCUUCAUCACCCUUCUCGAUGCCUUGAUGUUGUGAUCUAAUACCCUCUCCCUCUGCGUACCCUCCCAUACCUUGUAAUAUGAGGGGGUUCAGAGGCCCAGUCUUUGGUUGAUAUCAAUAAUUGAUUCAUCUGGAUAGUGACACCUCCGCUAUGUACUGUCUUAUUGAACCCCAGCUGUAAAAUAAAGUUGACUUUCUUUCGAAUGUC